AUGCCGUCAAGAGAAACUCUCAUCCAGCCCGUCCGCGCUCUCUGUGCCGGUUUUUCUACCAAUGCCCCCAUACCGGACAUUCUACGCCAGUUCACGACAUCUCCUCCACCGCUAGCAGCAGAGUAUGGUCUGAAAAGCUUAGCUCCUUUUCUGGGGCGUGAUUUUAAAGGCCAACAUGGAGUGGCAGACUAUUUUCGUCUGGUUACCGAAAUUUUGGCAGUCGAAACUAUGAGCUUCGAAAGCGAGUCCUCGUGGAUGAUCGAUGAAAAUAUUAGGGCAGUCGGGCUGCGUGGAAAAGGUCGUUUUAUCUGGAAAGACACAGGGCAGAUUUGCGAUGAAGAAUUCUUCUAUCGUAUGGAGAUAGCACAGGAGGAGGAUGACAACGCUGGGAAGGGACAAUGGAAAGUCCAGGAUUACAGAGUUUGGUCAGAUACCGGGGCAGCUUACUUGGCUCGCUUAGGGAAGUUGGCUGAAUGUGGCACGGAGGGAGGAAAUGAUCCCACGGCUGCUCUUUGA